AUGCGAACUUCUCAGAAACACCGAUCAGCUGGCAUCCACGGGUUUUACCACCAGCCAGUGCAAGAUAUUGAUCAAUAUGGUUUGUCUCAUAUCCAAAUUUUAGACAACAAUAUGUAUUCAGAUGUUGGCAGCCAAGGAACUAGUGUUUCCUUUCAGACAUGUCAAGGAGAAUUCUUUACCUUGGAAUCAUCCUCAUCGAAUGCUGGUUUUGUUGCCUGUGAUUCUCCCGCAGCCAGCAUCUCAUCCAACAGAAGCCCCUUUUCACCUCAGGGUUCACAUUCGUGCAUUUCUGAUCCCCAUCAUUCCCCUGACAAUAUGUAUGGAUCUCCAAUGAGUGGAUCUUCCUCUGCUGAUGACGGCAAUAUGCUGAAGCAGAAACUGAGGGAAUUGGAAAUUUCAUUGCUUGGGCCUGAAUCUGAUAUUACCGACAGCAGCAGUUUUUGCUUUGUGAGUGGAGGAUACCAAGCAGAGCCAUCUGCAAGUUGGGACUGGAAUCAAAUGAUGGAAAUGAUCCCUAGGUUAGAUAUUAAGCAGGUGCUCCUUGCCUGCGCUGAUGCAGUAGAAAAUGCUGAUGUACAAAGAGCAGCAGGUCUAAUGCAUGUUUUGGACCAAAUGGUGUCAGUCGCUGGAGAGCCAAUCCAGCGAUUGGGUGCUUAUAUGUUGGAAGGGCUUAGGGCAAGGCUGGAGCUCUCCGGAAGUAAAAUCUAUAGAGCCUUGAAGUGUGAUGCCCCAAUUAGCUCGGAUCUGAUGACUUACAUGGGUAUUCUCUAUCAGAUCUGCCCAUAUUGGAAGUUUGCAUACAUGUCAGCUAAUGCUGUCAUUCGAGAAGCUGUGGAAUGCGAACCCAGAAUUCAUAUCAUCGACUUCCAGAUUGCACAGGGAACCCAGUGGAUUCUUCUAAUGCAGAUGCUUGCUUCUCGGCCAUGUGGACCCCCGGUAAUUCGCAUAACUGGGGUUGAUGAUUCUCAAUCAGCUCAUGCUCGUGGUGGAGGACUUAAUAUUGUGGGACGACGGCUGUCAAAAGUUGCUGAGUCAUACAAUGUGCCGUUUGAGUUCCAUGAUGUUGCCAUGGAUGGUUGCGAGGUUCAACGGGAACAUCUCAGAGUCCAACCUGGGGAAGCUGUGGUGGUGAAUUUCCCGUUCAUGUUGCACCACAUGCCAGACGAGAGUGUGAACACUUGGAAUCACAGGGAUAGAUUGAUAAGGAUGGUGAAGAGUUUGUCACCAAGGAUUGUGACCCUCAUUGAGCAAGAAUCUAACACCAACACCAAGCCAUUCUUUCCAAGAUUCAUUGAGACACUGGAUUAUUAUGCAGCUAUGUUUGAAUCUAUUGCUGCUGGUGGCUCUAAGGACGCCAAACAGAGGAUUAAUGCAGAGCAGCACUGUGUGGCUCGAGACAUUGUCAAUAUGAUCGCUUGCGAGGACGCUGAGAGGGUUGAACGGCAUGAACUUCUUGCAAAGUGGAGGUCUCGGUUUACAAUGGCAGGAUUUAAUCAGUACCCACUGAGUUCCUCAGCGACUGCUGCUGUUAGAGAUUUGUUGAACGAAUACGACAGGAACUACAGUGUUCAGGAGAGGGACCGGGCUCUUUACCUUCGGUGGCGAAAUAGAGACAUGGCAACUUCUUCUGCCUGGAGGUGA